CUCUGGAUCCCUUCUACAGAGAUGAAGAUGAAGAUAAUGAUGAAGAUGAUCAAGUUUGUGGUGUUGUUGCUGCUGAUGGAGCGAGCUGCAGCUCAGCAGAGAGGGCUGUUCCCGGCCAUCCUGAACCUGGCCAGUAACGCGGUGAUUAGCAGUAAUGCUACGUGUGGAGACCCCGAGCCGGAGGUCUACUGUAAGCUGGUGGAACACGUCCCGGGACGACGCAUCAAGAACCCCCACUGCCCCAAAUGUGAUGCUAGCUCCCUGCUAGCUAAAGAACGUCAUCCAAUCACAAACGCCAUCGACGGGACCAAUCAGUGGUGGCAGAGUCCCAGCAUCAAGAACGGACGCCAGUUUCACUGGAUCACCAUCACGCUGGACCUCAAACAGAUCUUUCAGGUCGCCUACAUCAUCAUCAAGGCAGCUAACUCUCCUCGACCAGGUAACUGGGUGCUGGAGCGCUCCCUGGAUGGUGUGACCUUUGACCCCUGGCAGUUCUACGCCAUCAGCGGCUCUGAGUGCCUGUCUCACUACAACGUGACGCCGAGACUCGGCCCCCCCACCUACAAGAGAGACACAGAGGUCAUCUGCACCUCCUACUACUCCAGACUCAACCCACUGGAGCAGGGAGAGAUCCACACCUCCCUGAUUAAUGGCCGCCCCGGUGCUGAUGAUCUGACCAAUGAGCUGCUGAACUUCACGUCAGCUCGUUACAUCAGACUCCGGCUGCAGCGAAUCAGAACGCUCAACGCUGACCUCAUGACGCUGAGCACCCGGGACCCCCGAGAGAUAGACCCCAUCGUCACCAGGAGGUACUAUUACUCCAUCAAAGACAUCUCCGUGGGGGGCAUGUGCAUCUGUUAUGGCCACGCCCAGAGCUGCCCGCUGGACCCCGUCACCAAGAAAAUGCAGUGUGUGUGUGAACACAACACGUGUGGGGAGAGCUGUAACGAGUGUUGCCCCGGUUACCACCAGCAGCCAUGGCAACCAGGAACCAUCUCAGAGGGAAACACCUGUGAGAAGUGUAACUGUCACAACAAGGCGUCUGACUGUGUAUAUAACCAGACUGUCUCUGAUUGGUCGAUGAGUCUGAACGCUGCCGGCGUGCGUCGGGGGGGCGGAGUCUGUUCCAGCUGUCAGCAGAACACGGGGGUCAACUGUGAGAACUGCAGGGACGGGUACUACAGGCCCUCAGAGGUGUCUCCAUACUCUGACUCUCCCUGUGUGGACUGUGAUUGUGAUCUGAGAGGAUCUGAGUCUUCAGUCUGCAGCAGAGACGACACACAGCCAGGGGUGUCUGCAGGCCAGUGUGUGUGUAGAGAAGGCUUCUCAGGUCUGCGGUGUGAGCGCUGUGCGUUUGGCUACAGAGACUUCCCUCUGUGUUCCCGCUGUGAGUGCAGCCUGUCAGGCAGCAUCAACACUGACCCCUGCAGCACCUGCACCUGCAAGGUGAACGUGAUGGGGGCUCACUGUGAUCUGUGUAAACCUGGUUUCUACAACCUGCAGGCCGGGAAUCCUCUCGGCUGCUCCGACUGCUUCUGCUUCGGAGUCUCGGACGUCUGUGAGAGUUCAGACUGGAAGACAGCACAGGUGCAUCAUACAGGCCGCUUGGCUCCGCCCCUUCCGCCCUCCAAUCACUGCCUGUUGUCCACGGCAACGACCUCCCCAUCCCCAACAACUCCUCUGGCCCCGCCCACCAACACGCGUGCUGUCGGGGGCGGCGCCCGCGGUUUCCUCGGCAACAAGCUGGGGUCUUACGGAGGCUUCCUGACCUUCUCUCUGGGUUAUGACGUCCCAUUGGAUAAUGAAGACCACGCCCUCCGCGCCCUCGCUGACAUCAUCAUCCAGGGAAACGGGCGAUCUCUCCGUCUCGCCCCCCCUCUCCUCCUCUUCCUGUCCGAGCUGGCCGAGCGAUCGGUUGUUGUGGUGAUCGUCCCGCAGAGUUUCCUGGACGAGGAGACGGGCAUCCACGUUACCCACGAUGCACUGCUGUCGGCGCUCAGCAACGUGACCUCACUGAGGGUCAGAGUUCAUCUCAACGCCUCCGCAGACGGACCCAUACGUCUCAGCUCCGUGUCUCUGGACGUUGCUGACUCUGCUGCAGUUUCUGGCGUCCCGGCGGUUGCCGUAGAGACGUGUGAGUGUCCGUGGGGUUACAGCGGCACUUCCUGUGAGGCGUGUCUCCCAGGGUUCUACCGGCUGGGGGGGGUCCUGUUUGGGGGGAACUGUCUCCAGUGUGAGUGUAACGACCACGCAGCCCAAUGUGACGUCAACGGAGUCUGUCUGGGUUGUUCCCAUAACACCAGCGGUCCUCACUGUGAUCAGUGUCUUCCUGGUUUCUACGGCGACGCCACCGAGGGGACGGCGUCCGACUGCCGGGUGUGUGCGUGUCCUCUGACGGAGACGUCCAACAGCUUCAGUCCUACCUGUGUGUUGGAGGAGUCUGGUCAGGUGUUGUGUGACAGAUGUCAGGACGGUUACACAGGAGCUCGCUGUGAGAGGUGUGCCAGUGGUUUCCAUGGUAACCCCCAGGUGGUGGGCGGGGCCUGUGAGCGCUGUGAGUGUAACGGUAACGUGGACGUCAGCGAGGCGGGACACUGCCACACCGUCACCGGGGAGUGUCUGCGUUGCCUCGGCAACACGGCCGGAGCACACUGCGAGGUCUGUCAGCCGGGUUACUAUGGAGACGCCGUGCACGCCAAGGACUGUCAGGCGUGCGGCUGUGAUGUCAGCGGCGCCCGGUCCAGUGUGUGUGAUGUCACAACGGGUCAGUGUCUGUGCAGAGAAAACGUGACGGGACACUCUUGUAACCGCUGCCAGUCUGGGUUUUUCGGGCUGCAGAGCGGCCGGGGGUGUCAGCCCUGUAGCUGCAGCCAAUCAGGAUCUCUCUCUGAGUCAUGUGACGAGGAGGGGCGGUGCCAGUGUGUGGAGGGCGUGGCCGGAGACACGUGUGACCGCUGUAGCCAUGGUUACUUCAGUUUCCCCGCCAUCGGCUGCACAGCAUGCACCUGUGAACACACCAGAGGGAACUGUGACCCGGAGAGCGGCGAGUGCAUCUGCCCCCCCCACACGGAGGGAGUCACCUGCGACAGGUGUGAGGACGGUUACUGGGGUCACGACCCCAUCACAGGCUGCAAGCCGUGUAGCUGCAGCGCAGCGGGAAGCUCCGCCCCUCGGUGUGAGCUGACCAAUGGACAGUGUCUCUGCAGAGAGGGCUUCUCUGGCAGGUCAUGUGACCAGUGUUCCCCCGGUUACCACGGUUACCCAGAAUGCUCGGCGUGCGGCUGCGACGUGACGGGAACGGACGAGAAGUUCUGCAACACCACACUGGGAGUGUGUGACUGUCGAGACAACGGGGAGUGUGUGUGCAAGCUGGGUGUGUCUGGACGGUGCUGUGAGGAGUGUGUCUCUGGUUGGUUCGGCCUAUCAGCAGAGAGUCCUGCCGGCUGCUCUCAGUGUUUCUGUUCAGGACUCAGCUCGGCCUGCGAGGAGCAGGGAGGCCUGCUCAGAGUACCGAUCACCCUGGCUGACUCUGCUGCUGAGCUGUCAUUGGCUGACUCUGCUGCUGAGCUGUCAUUGGUCAGCCAGUCUAACCUGCAGGGUGUAGUGUCUGGAGUCUACCAGCAGGGCGGCGACACGCUGUUGGACACCCGGCACCUCAACAGCAGCCGGCUGACCGGCCCGCUCUACUGGAAGCUCCCCCCCCACUACCAAGGCCCCCAGCUGCUGGCGUACGGCGGCCUGCUGUCUUACAUCAUCACUUUCUACGCUGAGGACGGCUCGGGGCUGUCCAAUCGGGAGCCUCAGAUCCUGAUGAGGGGCGGGGCCAUGAGGAAGCUGGUCAUAUACACGGACAUGGUCGCCCCUGGCAACGGCGUCAGGACUCAGCAUGACAUCAGGAUGACAGAGGUACAGCUGAUCUCUAACAUCACCAUGGAGACAGCAGUGGAGGCGGGGCUAGAUGAGGAAGGAGGCGUGGCCAGACUGAUUGAGUCCUGCAUCUGUCCACCGGGAUACACGGGACUGUCCUGUCAGGAGUGUGCUGCAGGAUUCUUCCGGCAGCCUGUGUCUGAGUUGUCGUCUAAGAGUCAGAAGUCUCUGCUGGUUCAUCCGUGUGUUCGAUGCCGCUGCAGCGACCACAGCGAGCGCUGCGACCCGGAGUCUGGAGCCUGUCAGGGCUGUGAGCACCACACCAGCGGGCCGAGCUGCGAGCGCUGUGCCCCGGGGUAUUAUGGGAACGUCAGUGGUUCGAUCAGCGACUGCUCGCUGUGUGCCUGCCCCCUGCGGGACAACAGUUUCAGUCCCAGCUGUGUGCCAGAGGGAGCGUUUGGGGAUUUUCGCUGCACAGCCUGCCAGACGGGAUACGAGGGGAGAUACUGCGAGAGGUGUUCGGUUGGUUACUAUGGGAACCCGUCGGUGGCGGGCGGCGUGUGUCGGCGCUGCAGCUGCAGUGGGCGGGGCUCGCUGCACCCGCUGUGUGACGCGCUGACGGGACAGUGUGAGUGUAAGGCCGGGGUCAAAGGUCACACAUGUGACCGCUGUGAGGAGAGACACGUCCUGCAGGAAGAGGAGUGUGUGUCGUGUGAUGACGAGUGUACCGGCGUUCUAUUGGACGAUCUGGAACAAAUACACAACGACUUCCUGUCUGUCAACCUGAGCGCUGUUGCCAUGGCACCGUACCGCCAGCUGGUGCUGCUGGAGAACACGACAAGAGACAUCCAGGCGGCGUUCCCAGAGAACGGCUCGGUGGCUCUGCGUCUGUCCGGAGUGGAGGAUGAACUCAGUCAUGUGACCUCUGACCUCAGCGCUCUGGCACAGCAGGUCUCCCGUCUGUCUAACGACCUGGAGAAAGUGGGCGUGUCCACCAACCAGAGCCUUUCCCAGGGUGCAUUGCUGCUGGAAGGAAUCAGCAGCCUUCAGGAAAUCAUCCAGAAGCUUCAGAGGGAGGCGGGGCUUCUGAACAAGAGCGCCGUGGAGCAGCUGGAUUCAGCCAAUCAGAAGGCUCUGCUGGAGGAGGUGACCGCCAUGUUGGAAACCCUCCGCGCCGUCAACAUGUCGGCCGCCGGGGCAGCGGCCAAUCAGGAGCUCCGCCAAUCGGAGUCGCUUCUCGGCUCGCUGCGGGAGGACUUCCUGUCCGGCACGGCGCCGGUGGACGACAGGCUCCGCCCCCUCGCCGCACACCUCUCCGUCGUCAUGGAAACGCUGCAACAGGCAGAGACACAGCUGAGCGACAGCGCACAACGAAACACACAAACACACACACUGCUGGACGCCGCACACACUCAGCUGCAACACUACCAG